AUGAGCAAACCGAAAAAGCCAGUGCAUACUUUGUCGUUGCCGUAUCCCGAUCCACCAUGGCCCUCUGUUUCGGCCGAUCAAGAACAAGCAAUCCUGCGACUCCUACUUCCUCUCCUCCAACCUAUUGGUGAAUUCAGACGGGACUACAUUCCACAGUCAAAGGGCAGAGGAAGGGCGGGAAAGACACACAAGACAGAAAAUGGCUCGGUUCCAGAAUGGAUGCCGGAACUUUACAACCAUUUGACGAUUGGGUUUAAUAGUACAGUCCGAAGACUAGAGUCCUUGGCUCAUACUCGCAAGCCAGCCAACAUUGCACUGACCACAAGCAAUCCACCGGGGAAACCAGAGAUUAAUCUCUCGGUUGUAUUCGUAUGCCGCCAGAAUCUCCCAGACAUCAUGAUCUCUUCAUUGCCACUGUUGAUGGCUACUUCGGCUCCCAAAUCUAACCGCUCCAAACUGGUUGAGCUGACCUCCCAGGCGGAAGCAAAAAUUGCACUGGCGUUACAACAACCACGAGUUGGAGUACUUGGGUGUGAAGAGGGGGCUCCUGGCGCAGAGACUUUGCUUCGUUUUGUCUCUGAAAUGGUUGACGCGGUUGAUGUUUCAUGGCUUGAACAGCCAGGGAAUCCUGUCUACUAUCCUGCCAAGGUCAAGACCACCGAGGUCGAGGCCAAGGACAAGGCCACAGCUCGAAAGCUCAAGAGGAAAAAUUCAGAGGAAGGCUGA